GAAACAGCGUAUGCCUCUCUCUUCUCCGAUUGAUCCUUCUUCCUCUACCAGAAAAUCUUCAUCACUCAACUCUUAGAAGAACCCCCCAAAAAAAAAUCAUGGAGAUUUAGGAAAAAAGAAGGGAAAGAUUCAGUCUCCAGAACCCUAAAAAAAAGAAUGGCAAGUGCAACCGCAAAACCCACCUUCUCUUUCCACCGGCUUUCUCAAACUCUUUCUCGUUCUUCUCCUUCCCCUAAACCUCCAUUGUUGCUGAGACCAGCGAAGAGAGAGCUCCACCAGCUCUCGAUCACGUUCUCGCAGCACAAUUACCGUUUUUCUCCUCCCCGCUCCAUCGACGUCUCCCAAGAAGACAACCCUUCUCCUCCCCAGUCUUCGGAUCAACCGGAAGGUGGUUUACUUCCGGAGCAAGAAAUAGAAACUCCGGACGAAUCUUCGAUCGACAGCAGAAGAUUAGAGGAGAAGUUCGCGGUGCUGAACACCGGGAUCUACGAGUGUAGAUCAUGCGGGUACAAGUACGAUGAGUCCGUAGGCGACCCGUCGUAUCCGAUUCCUCCAGGUUUCCAAUUCGAGAAGUUGCCUGACGAUUGGAGAUGCCCAACUUGUGGAGCCGCGAAGAGUUUCUUUCAGAGCAAAAUGGUUGAGAUUGCAGGGUUUGCUCAGAACCAGCAAUAUGGGUUUGGUGGAAAUACGCUUACUUCCGGGCAAAAGGCUGGUUUGAUCUAUGGGACUUUGCUCUUGUUCUUCAUGUUGUUCUUGAGUGGUUACUUCCUCCAAUAAUUGCCCACAAGUAAAAAUGAGUGAAAUGUGUCUGUCUAUUCAUGGUAAAUGUGUCUGUUUAUGGUAAGAGAACAGAUUAUACGGUCUUCAGCUUUUCCACUGCUUCCACUUUGAGUUUCUGUCUAGGGAAAGUGAAUUUCUAGUGGAUUGUGAUUCAAUAUGUGGUGGCUUUCUUGUU